AUGCUCGCUGCUCUCAUCGGUGCCCUCACCGCCAUCGCUGCUGCCACGCCCAUCGACGGUAGUGAGACCCAAGCUCUCGAGAAGCGUGUCACCCACACUGGCAAGGCCACUUACUACUACCCGGGCCUCGGUGCCUGCGGUGAGACCGACGGCAACAGCGACCCUGUCGUCGCCAUCUCCCACCUCAUCUACGGCAGCGGCGGAAACUGUUUCCAGUGGAUGCAAAUCACCGACCCAGCCACUGGCAUCAGCCAGUACGCCAAGACCGUCGACGAAUGCGAGGGCUGUGGCGAGUACGACAUCGAUCUCAGCCCGUCUCUCUUCGAGUCCCUGGGUGCUCCGCUCUCCCAGGGUGUCAUCCAGGGUGUCGAAUGGCACUUCAUGGCCAAGGGCUGGAGCCCGUAA